AUGUCAGAGGCAAGUGCCAGUAGCUAUAACUCCAACUAUAGGGGGCAUGUGUGUGACAUGGAUCAGUGCGUGUUGCGGACAUCUUUGCAGCUCAAUAAUUUUGGUGGACGGUUUUAUGGCUGUAGACAUUGGAAGCCUGGGAGUGACGAACAUUGUAAGUCCUUUAAAUGGCUGGAUGGCAUCCCAUGUAGGCGUGGAGCUAAAACAGCACCGAUUGUCAUUACGAAAUUUACUAGGCUUGAGGCCGAGGCAGCUAUGGCAAAAAACAAUGAGAUGGAAGCCCGUGCAGUGAUAGCAGACCUACUCCACAGGGAAAGAGUAGCAAAGCGUAGUGCUGAAAAAGCAAGGGUUUCCCUUCGUAUGGCCAAUGUGCGAGCACUUAAAUAUCAAGUUGCUCUACUUAUGUCAUGGUUGGCAAUUGUGGUGUUUAUUAUAUUUUCACUUGGCAAUAGGGAGGUUGAUUACGACAAAUGUGUGUUGGGAGUGCCUUUUAGUGUAGGUGUUCGACCUGGCAAUUGUAUGUGUUGA